AACAUGCAGGUCGUUGUCCAUGCCCAGGAACUACACACCCUAAGAGUGACCAGUCAAGAGUCACCCAGCUCAAGUGCUCUGGCUGGCCCGCCUCUGGAGGAUGAGGGCACCUUAGGACAGUGUGGUGCAGAGGCACUGACCACUUUGGAAGUGGAUGGCCACAUGCUGGGAGGUAAAGUUCAUGGUUCCCUGGUUUGUACUGGAAGAGGUCAAACUCCUAAGGUGACCAAACAGGAGAAGUUGAAGAAGAAGACAGGCUGGGCCAAGUGGCAAAUGCAGUACAAUCGUCGCUUUGUCAAUGUUAUGCCCACCUUUGGCAAGAAGAAGUGCUCUAAUGCUAAUUCCUAA